AACCUCAAAUACUCUAACCUCUAUCUCUUCACAUGUGGUUGGGAGAAGGAAAAAUAAAUUAGUUUUCACAGCUCACGGGCAGCUCUGUUGAAAAAUUUGAAGUAGAGUUAUUUUCCAUUACCAGAAAAAAGAAAUGGUGAGUUUCAAGAUUUUCAAUGUGUGAACAAAUUUUUCUUACUGUUUUUGGGUCAUCUCAAUGUCCAAUCUUGUACCUUUCCUAUGCCCUCUUCUUCUUCUCCUUCUUCUUCUUCUUCUCUUUCUCUGUUUCUCACCGAAAGCCUAACACUGUUUUCGUUAACAUCUAAACCCCACAUUCCUAUCGGCUGCAAAAUUUGUUCUUAGGGUUAAUUUUUCUCGAUUACUUCGCCUUUUCUACCUCCUCGAGCCGUGAUCUUUCUUCAAAAGCAAUUACCCAUUUCCCCUGUUCUGUUGUUUUUGUUCUAAACUUACUGUUGUGAUACACACACACAUAUAUAGUGCUUUCUUUUGCGUCAGGAAGGAUUUCACUCAAAGGAAAAGCAAUCUUUCAUUUGCACAAUCGUUUUCUAAGUGGGGAAAAGGCCUUUUCUCUUUGUUUUCUUACAUAGGUUUUGCUGUUCCUUCUGUCUUAGCCUCUGUUCUUUUGCAUCUUUCUCAACUUUUUUACUCUUCUGAAUAAUAUGGGGUUUUCCUCUCGGAAAGUUGAUGGGGUUUGGUUAGAUUGUGUCAGAAACAUCUGGGUUUUGCUACAAGAGUUGAGUAUUUUAUAGUUCAAUUUCAAUUUGUACUAUUACUUCUUUGAGGACUUUCAUCAAACACCUUGCGGGUAACUUCGAACUUCAAUUUUUUUUUUUUUUUUUGCUUCUUCCAUUUGAGAAAUUAUGGGUUGUAUCCAUACAAAAUGUUGCUGUCGCUACCCAAAAUCGUUGGUUGGAGAAUCUCAAGACUUUCGACAAGGGGUUCCUUACUGUCUUCAAGAUAAGAACACUGUGAUAGAGAAAUCAUUGGAGAUGAUUCCUGUUGCUUCCCACAACUAUCAUUUGGAAUAUUUGGUUCUAGCUCAGCGUGGUUACUACCCUGAAUCUCCUGAUAAAGAAAAUCAAGACAGUUUCUGCAUUAGAACAAACAUUCAAGGUAACCCAAAUGCUCAUUUCUUUGGUGUUUUUGAUGGACAUGGUCAAUUUGGAAUGCAGUGUUCAAACUUUGUGAAAGAUAGACUAAUAGAAAAGCUAUGUAAUGAUCCCACAUUGUUAGAUGAUCCUAUACAAGCUUAUAAUUCAGCAUUUUUGUCUACAAAUGAUGAGUUACAUACAAGUGAGAUUGAUGAUUCCAUGAGUGGAACAACUGCAAUUACAGUUCUUGUUGUUGGGGAUACUCUGUAUGUAGCUAAUGUUGGUGAUUCAAGAGCUGUAAUUGCAGUCAAAGAAGGGAAUUGUGUUCUGGCUAAGGACUUGUCAAAUGAUCAAACACCAUUUAGAAAAGAUGAGUAUGAGAGAGUUAAGCUUUGUGGGGCUAGAGUUUUGAGUGUUGAUCAAGUGGAAGGACUUGUGGAUCCUGAUAUUCAGUGCUGGGGAGACGAAGAAAGUCAAGGCGGCGAUCCACCUCGGCUGUGGGUUCAAAAUGGAUUGUAUCCUGGGACUGCAUUUACUAGGAGUAUUGGUGAUAGUACUGCUGAGAAAAUCGGUGUAAAUGCUGUUCCUGAGGUCUUAGUUCUUCAGCUUAAUCCCAAUCAUCUUUUCUUUGUGGUUGCUAGUGAUGGAGUUUUCGAGUUCCUUUCAAGUCAAACUGUUGUUGAUAUGGCAUCAAGUUAUGCAGAUCCUCAAGAUGCUUGCACUGCCAUUGCUGCCGAGUCGUAUAAACUAUGGAUGGAACAUGAAAAUCGAACCGAUGAUAUAACGAUCAUUGUUGUUCAAAUCAAAGGCUUGUCUAAUUCAGGUGCUGAUAAUAAUCCUUCCAGCAACGGGCUGGAGACUGCUUCUUUGAGAAUUGAUUUCUCAGAUCUACCCACUGAACCGAACACUCAACCUGUUGCUGUGACAAAUCGAAACCCAGCGAUCGUGGUUCCAAUGCUGAAUAAUCAGACAUCUUUAUAACGCUUGUGUAUUCAGACUUCAGUGUUGCUAUAACAUUCCUCCACCAGCAGAAGAGACUUGUAAUGGAUCCUGAAAGUUGAAACAAAUACUGAUCUUCCAGCUUAGCAUUGGACCAACUAAGUUGAUAAAGACAGGGAGGUUUGGUGUCUUUGACAUGGAAAAAUGGAUGGAUUGUUCUCUUGUAAAUCCAUGAUAGAGAUUGAGAGAAAAAUCUACAGUUCCCAUUAAAAAGACAAGACAAAGAAAGGGAAUUUAAUGAGGUGGAUUAACUUCAAAGCUCAAUGAUAAACAAGUUUCAGACCCCACUUUGUUACCUUGUCUCUUCAUUUCUGGCUGGCAUGCUAAGGUAGAAUAUGUUGUAAAUAGCAAAAAAAAAAAGAAAAAAAAUUAUAUAUCCUUUUUCUUCUUCUGUUUGCUUAAGAUAGAUCCCACUUCUUGAAAAGUGUCAUGUCAAUGGUUUAGCUUGUUGUGAAGUUAACUUGUGGAUGACUGUCACAAAUUGUUGCUCAGAUGGACCCUCAAUUUUUUCUAUAAUUUCAAAUUUCAAUGUUUUGUGAUUCAAA